GGCGCGAUGGCCGGGCGCGGGACGUACACGUUCGCAAAGGGCGGGUCGCUCGAGUGCGACUUCGCGGACGACCGCGCGCAGGGCAAGGGCGUGCUCAAGCUGCCCGACGGCACGACCUACAAGGGCGCCUUCGUCGACGGCGCCAUGCACGGGCGGGGCGUGCUCCGCGCGAACGGCGCGACCUACAAGGGCGCCUUCGCCGCGAACAUGUUCCACGGCAAGGGCAAGCUCACGUUCCCGUCCGGCGACACGUACAGCGGCGCCUUCGCGAAACACGCCUUCCACGGCAAGGGCGUCUACGCGUGGCGGAGCGGCAAGAGGUACGAGGGCCACUUCAAAGGGGGCCGGCUCACGGGCGACGGCGUCUACACCUGGACCGAGGGCCAGAAGUACACGGGGGCCUACGUCAACGGCCGCCGCGAGGGCCGCGGC